UGCUGCACAUUUCCUGGUUUCUCUGUACUUUCUUCAGCAUCGCUAGGGCAGAAUCAAUUCUACUUGAGCAAGAUCAACAAUAAUCAUGGCAUCCAAGAAGGACAUGCGCAGGACGGAUCUCGUCAUCCCGUACGUUGAGCCCAAGGAAGAGAAACCUGCAGACUUCAGUUCUACCCUCUCGAGUACCAUGCCGAUGGCCGCUAUGUUCACAAGAAACAGAAUGCUUGGAUGGUUCGCGCUGUUGUCAUCCCUUCUCAACUGGCUUGGUGAAACGCCCGCCCAGAAAUCGACCAAUUCUACUCCAGGAUACCUAUCUUUUGGUAUGGCAGUGCUUGCUAUCGCUGUGACAUAUAUGCCUCUGUUCCUUCCACCACCGCCAAAUGCCGCAAGAGGAGCACAACUACCGGCAACUUCAACAUGAACAGAUUUCACAUGGAGCGAUGCUUGGGGCAGGAUUGAUAAGCUGUACAUCAUAGUUGGAAGACCAUUCUUUGAAUUCUCUGGAGUGCUUCCUAAUCGUGCGUUCCAUGUUUGCACUUGCCGUAGUCCAGGCACAUAUUCCACCAGAUGUCCAAGAUGCAGUGUUCUAUGGUUC